AUGGCGGACAGCAGCGCGCCUGGCGCGCCGGCAGUGCCGUCGGAUGGCACGGCUGGUCGGCUGCGUCCACCCGCAGCCGGGGUGCGCGCUCGCCCUGAUGCCGCGUCGUCGCCGCUCACGAACGCCCUCCUGAAGCGCCCUGCCGACCGGCCAGCCGGCGAGCACGAGCGCGCAGCUUCUCGAUCCCGCGGCGCAGCGCCGCGGAUGGAUGCCCUUGGGUCGGUGGAGAAGGACCCGGGCGCGUCCGCCUCGACCCGCACCGCUGAGGCGCCAGCAGUUGCGGCGCGGCAGACUCGCGCCAAUUCGGCGCAGCUCGCCUUGGAGCCCAUCGCGCUCUCAAAUCGCCUCGAGACCAUGCUCCUCGGCAACCAUCCCGUCCCUGCACCUUCCAACGAGGUGAGCGUCGCCAGCGAGGUCUCCAACAGCAUCAUUCUCGUCGCGAAAGCUGCCGUCGACGCGCUCUUUUCGUCGCCGCAGCGCGCUGCGCUGAUGGCUCUUGGGCUGCGGGACCUCAAACCGGCUGCGCUGGCGUAUCUCGUGUGGGACCUCCGCGGCGUGCUGGCGGGCGCGCGCCACGACCAGGCGGUCGCUGCGGCCUCGGUCCGUUUCCGGCGGAGUGGGAGCCGCGGCUCGGUGGCCUUGCUCCUGCUGCUUCCAUUCCUCCCGGCGAGCUGGGACCUCUGGUGCGGCGGCGAAGUCGUCCUCUCAUCGGCGCCCUACACCGGCUCAGACCAGGCUAGCGGAGAGCCUUUCCAGACCGAGUACGGCGUCUCCCUCUCGCCCGGCGUCGAGUGCGAGCUCCACAUGUACGACUCGUACGGCGACGGCUGGAACGGCGCUAGCUGGUCGGGCCUCGGGCAAGAGGGCCUCACCGUUGCCUCUGGGUCCGAGGAGCGGAAGUCUUUUGUGGUGCCCGAGGUGAGCUGGGACCUCUGGUGCGGCGGUACGGUCGUCCUCUCGUCGGCGCCCUACGCGAGCGGAGAGCCUUUCCAGGCCGAGUACGGCGUCUCCCUCUCGCCCGGCGUCGAGUGCGAGCUCGUCAUGAAGGACUCGUACGGCGACGGCUGGGACGGCGCCAGCUGGUCGGGCCUCGGGCAAGAGGGCCUCACCGUUGCCUCUGGGUCCGAGGAGCGGAAGUCUUUUGUGUAUGUCGCGGUCGGCUACACCUUCUCGGGAGCGCCGUACUACCGCGCCCCCUCCUCGUCGAAGUACAUCUACUGGGACCCCGACUGCAACGGCGGCAGCGGAGGGACUGCCCGCUGGAUCGUGGAUAGCGAUUUGCCGAGCAUUGCCGUCUCAAGCGACCUCGAUCGCGACGGAAGCUGUAACUACAUCGCCCGCAUCAACUCGGACGACUCCUCCUCGCCGCCGCUCGGCACGGCUACCUGGCGGGACGAGAUCAACGAGGCCGUGGACCAGGGCCGCAACGCGAGCGUCAUCAUCCCGCCGGGCGCCCGCCUUGCCUUUAGCAGCAAUGUCGGUUGCAGCGGCGCCAUGCACCUCUCGGUCCGGAGCAGCGGGGAGGGCGCGACGCUCGACGGCAAGAAGAGCUCCCGCAUGUUCUCCAUCUCGAGCGGCUGCAGCCUCUACCUGGAGGCGCUUCACUUUGUGGACGGGCGUGGUGAUAGAGGCGGUGCGGUGCGCGCUUAUGGCGCUGGCGACCUUGCGAUGAAGGACGUGUCCUUCACGGGCUGCGAGGCCACCGAGAACGGAGGAGGUAUGAACGUGGAGAGCAGCGGCGACGUCUCGCUGGAGGGCGCCAGCUUCAGCAAGUGCACGGCUCGCAAUUACGGAGGAGGUAUGCUCGUGUACCAGAACAGCGGCGACGUCUCGCUGGAAGGCGCCAGCUUCAGCGAGUGCACGGCUGAUUACGGAGGAGGUAUGCUCGUGGAGAACAGCGGCGACGUCGCGCUGGAGAGGGCCAGCUUCAGCGAGUGCACGGCUGAUAACGGAGGAGGCAUGUCCGUGGAGAACAGCGGCGACAUCGCGCUGGAGGGGGCCAGCUUUGUCGGUUGCACGAGUGGCACACAAGCGGCUCUUUAUCUCACUGGCAUCGAGCGCCUAGCUCUCACCAACUCGCAGUUUGUCGACAACAUCGCGAGCCAAACCCCCGCUGCACUCUUCUACUCCUCCCGCAUCGCUGCCACCGACUCGAUCCUCCGCAACACGACCUUCUCCGGCAACUCUGCGCCAGGAAGCAUCACAAUCCUCGCCGCCUCGCCUCUAAC